AUGUCUUCCAAAAUCCUCAGCAACCGCGACACCAAUGCGCAGCUCAAGCCGAUGCCAUCGCCAGAGAAGAAUGACCCCAAGAGCCUUGAGUACCACCGCCAGAUGUUGCAGUCGCGGCUGAAGGGCGAGCAGACGCAGCAAUACGUCUCCCCUUCCGACGAGAUCAUGUCCCCGGCGACGCAGAAGCUCAAUGCUUUCCGCCACAAGCACGUCGCGAAGAAGUCCAGGCCUCAGACGCUCUUCAAGAGCACCAGCUCCAAGAACUUUGAGGCCGCGAAGGGCGCAGCUAUGUUCGCGGAUAUCCCCAAGGACAAUCCGAAGGACGAGAACAAGGCCGAGCAGACUUGACGCGGGGAUCGCGAUCGAUAACCUGGUUCCAGCAUCUUAGCGGCGGUAGACGGCGACCAUGGCAUGCUUUCCUUCUUCUUCAACAAUACCCGCUUAUGAAGCUAUUGGGCUACCUUUCAUAUUGGUUAGGCUCAUGGGAAUUUGCGGGCUACGAUAGUCUGCUUUGGAUGGGUAUUGUUGGAUGUAAUUCUACCGGAGUUCUGGGUUUUGGACGAUGACAAUAACGACAUUGUAGCUGUAAGAAUAGCCAAUUAAAAGCAUUCGAACGAGGAAUACCGAG